CCCUCUGUGGCGACAAGCUUGUGUGGUUGUUUCUGCUGUCACGUGUGGUACCAUACACUCAAUCAACACGAUCGAUUUAGCGAAGAAAAUGACGUUGGAUGCGUGGUUGCGAUGAUGUUACAUCCAGAACAUCUUUGACGCUCGUCCAACAAACUGUCAUAAUUCUGAGUAGCUCAAUUCAUAUGCGACGCUCUUCGGAGAAUUAGACAUCGAUGAUUGAUUUUUUUUUUCUGAGAAAGAGUCAGACAAGCUGUUUGGCUGAUUGCAAUAUGUCUUUCGGUGGUUUGAAGUGGUUGACUGUCGUGUUUACCGUGAUAUUGGUUUGGUCCGGCGAAUGUUACGGAGUGAGCGAGUCCUGCGGGGAGUUGGCGCACCGCGUGGUGCGAGCUCUGGACGGGGCGCUGGGCUUCUUCGACCGGGAGUACGACAAGGUGAACCUGGACGCGGUGGUGGGAGUCCGAAUGGCGCAAAGCCAACUCCAAGCUGCACUCGCUGAGCUGGAUGCGGCCAAGCCACCAGAGCUGAAGUCCUUGCAAGACGAGCUGCAGAAACUAUCUGACCAGGCAGAGACCAUCUGCGAUCGGGCCAUCCCUGUGGUCAAACGGCAAUAUCCCAAGGAUUACAAAGAUUUAGGCCUGCUCAUCAGCGGCGAUUUCUGGAAUGCUGGGAGUACGGCGGAGAAGCGGCAGACGGACCGGUCUCUGGGCAGUGCCCCACGGCAAGACGAGGGAUGGGAACCCCUGAGCGAACCGCUGACAGAUCGGUGCAUCAGCCAGCUCCUCGGAACAAAAACCGAGCCGUGCAGCAUCACAUCGUUUUGCUGGCUUGCGAUGACGCCUCGAGGCUACCGUAGCUACUCGCUUAGCCACCAGGUCCUGUACCUCACAGUGGGAUCAAUGAUGGGCUGUGAGUCUCACAUGAUAAAGCGACUCCAUACCCCUGAUGAGACUGACAGAACAGGCGGGUCGAUGCUGGACUCACUCACGGACGGUUUCUGCUCUGACGUCUUGAGGGAGGCAGAGGCGACGGCUGGAGAAGGGUACCCGACUGGAAGUCAAGAUCUCUUCAUGGAACAAGUGCUUCUGUGUGGCCUGAAGGGAUACGAGGACUUCUUCCGGUUGCCAUGGUUACAGGCUGUGCUCAGCUGGCAGGAUGCAAGUGGCUGCUUCAAAAAUGAUGUCUACCGCCCUCAUGCGUCUGACGUGGAUCUCGAUGAUCCGAAGAAUGCCGAUGUGUCUGGUCACGUCAGGAUAAGAAGACGAGAAAAUGAAGUUAGCGGGACUGGUUGUCUGAUGCACAAGACGGCAGUGGGCACGGGGUUCCUGUCAAUUUACCUACGGAUGCUGAUAGAUACCAUGGCGACGGGAGAAACUGUGACAAACUGCCUUUGAACUAUUUCCUGGCCCGCAACAAUGGGCAUUGUUCGUACAACAAUCCACUCGGAAGACGUUGAAGAAAUAAUUAGGCCAUAGUAAAACUGAGAUUUGCAAUCUCAUGCGAGGAUUGGUUAAUCCACUUAUAAAUAUUUAAAUUAAUAUGUUUCGCAUGUUUGUUUAGAAGUCCAUUUUGCCUGUGUGGUUUAUAUUUAUGACUUUUUUUUAUAAUUAAUGUCUUAUAUGCGUCAUUUUGUGACACUGGAAAGCACAUGAGUUUUAUCAAACUCAAACUAUACCUUAACUGAAUAUUCAUGGUAUUGCUACUAAAGAAAAUGAAUCUUGGAAAAAAAUCGGAGGCAAAUGACAAAAUAAAAUGAUGAAUGAUAUCAUUCUUUAAUUUUUUUGAAACAGAAAUUACGAAAUUGGGUAGCGGAGGGAGGGGUCGUUGUCUGAGUAUCACCCGUUAUCCACGGAGCCAAGUCUCCUGUAUAACGUCUGAUAUGUCUAAACAUGCUGAUAUAGCCUAUGCACUAAAAGGCGCGCAGAAGCCAGUCAGAAUUGGAGUACUAAAAUUGUGAUUUCAUUCCCAAAUCAGGACUAAAACUGUGAUUGGUCAAUUCGAAUGCAAUGUUUUUGAACAACAGCCGGGCGCGUGUCGCGUAUAAUACAGAGAGCGUGACCACAACCUUUGUUGCCGUGUCUAGCGGGUUUUUUUUUUUUUAUCCAUGUCUAGACGCGACAACAGGUGAAUGUACGAACACCCGACAAAGAAAGCGCCCGCAGAUUGGUCAAAAUCUAGAGGUCAAGAUGCGGUUGUCUUGCAUAAUUGAUCAGCAAAUCUGUUCAAAAAUUAUAGAACAUGGCGAAAGACUGAAGGGGUGGGGGUCUAGCGCUAAUAUCAGAUUUGAGAUUGGUUUUCAUCGUGGUAAAAAUGAAACUUCAAUUGUGUUAUACUUGAAGAUAAUUAUCCUGUCUUCUUUUCAAGAUGACUACAGGACAGACGGCAAAACUUCACAAAAUUUCACUAAGGCUUCAGGUCAGAUACAUGUACUUUGCCGGAGGUGAGGGUAGGGGGGGGGGGAGUUGCGCCUGUAUACUGCUUAUUCAUUUUGUUGACAGAAAUACUUCGGCAAACAGGAGGUGGGUUUAGUAAUUAUACUGCCGUCCUUCCCCUUGUCAUACCGAAAGGGAUACAGCUUCUAUACAGAGAACAAAGUAUGGUAAUAACCAGUGGGGGUUACGAGGUCACAUAUGUAGUUUAUGUAAACGCAGUAAUUUACACGUUACGUAGUUUAAUUGCCUUAAAGCGAGGUGAAAGCUAUCAUUAUAGAAAUAGAGUAAUCUCACUGGGUCUGAUUGUGCGUGUUUUGUUCCAUAAUCCCGACAACUCAUUUCCGUUGUCUCAGUCGAUUUGGUCCCUUGUGUACCCCGUCAGGGUUUGGUCUUGCACGCGGAAAAUGUCAGCUAGUAUUAUCUUGUGUUAUAAAGCUUGCAGGUUCACAGAGUGUUAUGACGGCAUGUGUUUUAAACUUCUCCACUACAAAUAAAAAAGGAAAAGAGGGAGAUGUGUCCCAAACAAAGUCAAAAAUUAUUGUAUUUUAUUUAAAAAAAACGUAUAGGUAGCAGGUGAAAUUGCUGGAUAUGUAGUCUAAACGCAGCAAUUUACACGUCACAUGCACAUAUAUUAGUGGUAUACAUGUACAUACCAAACCUAUGGGUUGGUUACUUGAAUUUAUGGGUUGGUCUCAUAAACAGCGCCCCCUAAUGUCAAAUGUCGAAUUUUCUGAAGCCCCCUCCCAAAAAAACCUGCCCACUUCCUGACACCCCACUGCAGAAACGUAUAAGUAAUGGACACAAUAGGAUGGCACUAUGAGAAGUGGGUAAACUGUGUACUUACCCAACUUUACCCAGCCCAGAUAGCGCACCCUGUACAUACAUGCCGAAAAAAGUUAGUGUCUGGUUACAGUUCAUAAUAUCUGCGUUUCUUAGGCACAAUGAGGACCUUCUAAUAGGAUAAAUAACAAACUGGGGGAAUUUCAAGGUUUGGAUGAGUCGCAUCCUGGUCAAAAUUCCCGCAAAAUUAGGAAUAUAUAGCUUAAAACGUAGUGCAUAUUAAAAACAAUAUAUAUUUUUCAAA